AUGGAACUGAACACAAACAAUAAGAACACAAAGAUAUGGCUUGCAAAGCUCCCACUGAUUCUUGCAGAACGGAUCUUAAACAACAGCGAAGAGAUAUCGAUAGGAGAGCUUGAUAUAUCCAAGGCAACACAGACAGAAGCUGCAGUGCUAAACCUCCGGCUUUCCAAGGAGUUUUGCUCAGGAGGUUUUCCAUCUUCGUUUGAAGUGAAGAUCAAACCUAAGGAAAACAACAUGUAUGUUGUAAAGACAUGCGAGAAUAAUGCAGAUGUUGAAGGUAUGAUCAACAACGAGUGCUACAUAACACCAGUAAUCAGUACGGAAUACCUGGAAUAUAAGAAGCAGACGGGAUUUUUGAGCGAUACAAAGAAAGGCGAUACCCAGGUGAUCGAUUAUCUUAGGGAAGGAAAGAGAGGAGAGAAGUUUGGAAGCCUAAGAGAGUUGGAGUAUCUUGCAAAGAAGAGGAAGAAGAUGUUGAUGGAUAAGAAGCGAGAAAGACUUGGGAAGAGCGAGGUGAUUGAUUUGGUAUUCAAGGCGUUUGAGAAGUACUCAUCAUGGACAGUGAAGGAUCUAGCCGACUUUUGCGGACAACCUGUUGCAUUUAUCCAGGAGAUUGUUUCUGAUAUCUGUGUGCUGAACAAGAAGGACUUGAAGAACAUGUAUGAGCUGCGCCCUGAGUAUAAACAGUAG